CGAAGUGAAAAAAGUUAUACUUAAAGAGCAAGCAACAUAAUAAUAUUUGAGUCAAUAAUGCGUAUAUAACGUAAUUAAUAAUAUUAAAAUUACAUGUGUGCAUAAAUUGUUUUGUUGAUUUAAAAUAUAAAUUGGCGUAAUAAUUUUCAUGUGACAUAUUUAUUUUUGAUAUCUCUUAUCUUAAUCUUAAUUCUGCAAUAAUGAUUUUCAGAACGAUUUUCAAUUAUAAGACAAAUUUGGUGUUUUACGUUUAUAUCUGGUUCGUGCUAAACUGUGGAGACUUGUGUUCAUCAGAUUUUUCGGAGUCUGAAUCACAAGAAAGUUUGUCAUUGGAGAAAUCGCUUUUAAAUGUGGAUAAAACAAAACUUACGACUCAAGAACAACACAUCCUUAUCAAUGUGAACCACAUUAUGGAGUUUGUCCAAACCAUGAAAAAAUCUCAAGACGAUAUGUUUCAAAAAAUUGAAGCUUUAGCAAACUCUGUUAAGUUUAUCGAUAAACAAGGAGGAACUCGUUCCAAAUCGAGAAAACACGAUAAGAAGUUAUCUGCAUUGGAGAAUAGGAUGCUGGACUUUGAACGCAGCAUUCCAGAAAAAAUUGAAACCCUCAUUCAGCAAAAGCUCUCAUCUUUGCAAGUUCGACAAGAAGAAGUUGUUUUGGAACCUGUAACUUUUAGAAGCAAUUCUGUUCAGCCAAAAAUUACGCCUAUCGCGUCCACAGUACCAUCGACAACUAUGUCAUCGGUGACAACUACCCAGUUUACUCCACCACCGCCACCGCCACCACUACCACCUCAACAAUUAAGACCGAUUUUCCAAAUCGAGCAACCCUUCACACCACCUCCACUCUAUCCCAUAAGAAGCUCUAGAGAUGCAACGCCAAGUUUUAUUUUUGGCUCGUCGUCAGCAGGGAGCAGCGUUGGUGGUGGUGGGAGUAACGCCCGAGUCUACUCCUCAUUGCCCCCAACGCGUCAACUACGACAGAGCAGUGAUCAUCAUAACUACGACGGUUUUUUCACUUCACCACCACCAAUUCAGGAUAAAGCUGAUUUAACCGUGUCGCAGUCGGACGAAACAGUGAUGAGUUCAACAACAGUGGCGAGUUUGGGUACCAAUGAUCAGGAAAAACGACAAGCAAGCGACAUGGACACAAUUUGGAGAAAGCUUUUACACCUGGAGAGAACGGUUUCAGAAAUUGAGCAAAAUAUUUCUGAUUCCUAUGGGCAUUCUGUGCAUAUGAAUCGUGCAUAUACGCAGAAUACUGGAACUGGAGAAAUCGUCGACAUAAAGGAAAAGCAGGGCCAACUCCAACGGGCUGUUGACACUGUCCUGAUCCAUUUUUCAGGGAUAUUCCGAGCUCUGGAAAAUGUUGAACAGAAAAUUGACCAGUGUUCUUGCCACCCUCAAAAUGGUACCCAAGCUGUUCAUUAUGAUGAUUGGGACGUUGCUACGACUUUACCACGGUUUCUUCCAACGCAAAAAACAACUUCACUUUCAACGACUAGCACUUCAGAACCAUACUCUUUUAAUUGGGGUCUCACAAGCUCAUCUGAAAAUCCUAUCGACUCGCAAAUUAACAGUCGAAUUAAUCCUUACCAACAUGGCCAGGAUUAUCAAUAUGGUGUAAGUAGUACUGAUCCUGAUGAACAGGUCAUCAUUACAACUUCAGCCCCUUAUAACUUUGCCGAUUAUGGACGCGAAUUUGAAAAUAAUGAGGAUGACUAUGGCGAAGAAUCCCACACAGAUAGAAAUACUUACAACCGUCAAUCCAGCAGCAAUGACAAUUGGUCAGCGGAACGCAGUGAACCUGAUCCAGAGACAAUUGAUUUCGCAACUUAUGCAUUUCUUCGGGAUCCACAAUCCCAAUCUUUUUCUAGGUCGUCGAAAGGAAUGCUGAAAUCGCUCCAAAGUGUGCAAAGCGAUGAAGGAACUCAUCGCCCGAAUGGAAGAGUGACACGAGAUUUUUCAAUUUUAACAAGGAUAAUGAAAAAUCUAACGAAACAAUUAGGCCAUCAAAAGAAACGAAUCGAAAAAUUGUCUUCCGAAUUGACUAAGGUGAACGUAUCUCAUGUUCUUCUGUUGCGGACAAUGGAUGAUGAAACCUUAAAACGGACCAUUAGACCAAAGGACUGUUCAGAAAUUCAGCUACUUCAACAAAUUGUGGACAAUAGGAAAAAUUCUACUCAAGGAAAUAAGCGUCCACCUAAUAAUAAUUUGAAAAACUCGAAUAGAAAAUUCACAAUAUUUCCGAAGCAGAAUGAACCGGUCCAGGUAAUUUGUGACCUUAGUGCUGAUUCAGACGGGGGUGGUUGGACUGUAAUCCAACGACGAGGAUCCCCCAAUCUAAAUGGAAGUCGCAGAACAAACUUUUAUCAAAAUUGGACUACGUAUGAACAAGGUUUUGGUUCUACAGAUGGUGAUUAUUGGUUAGGUCUGUCCAAUAUCGCUGCAUUAACAAAAUUAAAUGAUCACGAGUUGCGUAUUGAACUCACCAAAUGGGAUGGAAGUAGCACGGCGAUUGCAUCGUACAAGCACUUCCGGUUGGGUGACGCCACAACAUUUUAUCGACUACAUGUAUCCAAUUAUUCUGGAACUGCUGGUGACUCCCUAUCUCGUCAUGAUGGCAUGUCCUUUAGUACUUAUGACCAGGAUCAAGAUACAGAUUCACAACGAAAUUGCGCUCAAACGUGGAAAGGUUCUUGGUGGUUUUAUGGAUGUCACGAGUCCAACUUAAACGGAAUAUACGCCACAAAUACGAACGGUUCUCAUGAGUUUGGUACGGGGAUCGUAUGGAUCACUUACACUGGGAAUUAUUACUCUCUGAAGGAGGUCCAAAUGAAGAUUCGAAACAGAUUUACAUCGUUAUAAGAAGUUGCUGUACGAGUAAUAUUUAUUCAGUGGUUUAUAUAUAUUAUACAUAUCAAUGUAUAUCUAAUAGUGCCGAAGGCUUUGAACAUGAACCAGUAAUAAAUUUGCCAAGGUCAAUUA